UGGCAUCUAUGUUCACAUAAGAAAUCUAGUCGAAGCGGCGUCUAAUCGAUUAUUCGAGUUUUUUCAUGCCGGAAAUCUAAACAAAACAUAGCUAAAGUUUAUUCACGUUUUAUUAUUUAACGCUAGCUUACUGUAGUUUUGCAACUAUGACGACUGUUAUCGAACCGGAUCUUCGAACCAAAAUAGAUACAGCUUGCCGAACGGCCGAGGAAUUCACAAAGCUGUAUUACGAAAGCGUUGACAAGAAGAGGCACCAGAUGGCUCGGCUCUACAUGGAUAACGGAUUGCUUGUGUGGAAUGGAAACGGUGCCAAUGGAAAGGAUAACAUUCAAAAGUAUUUUCAGGAACUACCUAGAUCUGAGCAUAUUAUGAACACCCUGGACGCUCAACCUAUCGUCGAUGAUGCCGUUUCGUCCCAGUUAACCUUCAUUAUUCAAGUGUCGGGAACUGUCAAAUUUCAGGACAACCCAACUAAACCAUUCCAACAAACGUUUAUGAUCACGGCACAAGGUGAUAAGUGGAAAAUUGCUAGCGAUUGCUUCCGACUACAAGAUGCAAUUUUUUAAGAUUGAAUAGAUUUUUUUAUAACUAA